ACACAGCGCGUGUGUGAGAGCGUGUGGACACGGCAUAUGAGUGUGGACACGGCGUGUGUGUGAAUGUGGACACGGCAUGUGUGUGUGUGGACGUGGCGUGUGUGAGAGUGUGGACACGGCGUGUGUGUGUGUGGACAUAGCAUAUGUGAGCUUCCAGACAUGGCAUGUGUGUGUGUGUGAACACAGCGCGUGUGUGAGAGCGUGUGGACACGGCAUGUGUGUGAGUGUGAACACGGCACGUGUGUGAGAGCGUGUGGACACAUGGCCCGUGUGUGAGAGCAGCCACGUAUGUGUGUGGAUGAGGCAGGUGAGCACAUGGGUGGGUGUGAGCAGGGAAGUGGCAGGAAUGGGCUGUGAGGGCAGGCAGCAGUGAGCAAAGGGCAGGGGCAGGCUGGGCAUAGGUUGUGGGGGGCUCAGGGGAGGGCCCCUGCUGGGAGGCCUACCCAGAAGCUCAGGGGCCACAGGGACCUGGAACCACGGUGAGCAGCUUCCAGCAGGUGCUUCAGCCUCCUGGGGCUGUAGGGAGAGAGGGCUUUUUCCAAGCACACACCCCAGCCCAGACCUGCCCAGGCUGCAGCGGCUGUGCUGACCCCUACCCAGCUCCGACCCUCACCCCUCCCUCCCUGCCCUCCAGCUGCCUGGCCCGCCAAGGAGAGGAUGAAGCCAGCCAAUCCCUCAGGCUUGCGGCCACACCCUUGGCCAGCACGACCCAUAGGGUAUAAAUAGACCUGCUUGGGAGCCCACACCCGGCAACUCACACCUGCCUCAGACCAGAGCUCUGUGCGGGUGACGGCGCACGCAUUCCCUGUGUCCCCGCCUGUCUUGGACGGAGCAGAAGCCACACCUGCCAGACCAGUGCCACCGGGACAGCUGCUGGUGGCCAGCCCCGAGGAGGGAUACCUGUCGGGUGAAGCACAGGCUGGGCAGGGCCCGGAGAAGAGGAAGCAGACACUGCCAGGGCGGGGCAGCCCAGGGCCUUGGAGCCCAACCGUGGCCGGCGAGGAGGACCAUGCCCAGGACCCGCUGACCCCCGGCCACCAGCUCGGAGACAUGUCGUCAGGCCAGCAGGUGUGGCACACGGCUGUGCCACCCCCUCGCCGGAGCAGCUCCACAGCCUCGAUGCCCAGGUCCCCCAGCUCGGCCGGCAGCCCCAGGUCCCCUGGCACCCCUGGCACUCCUGGCUCGGAGAGGGUGGCCUCCCCGCUGGAGUGCUCCAUCUGCUUCUCAGGCUAUGACAACAUCUUCAAGACGCCCAAGGAGCUCUCCUGCACCCACGUCUUCUGCCUGGAGUGCCUGGCCCGGCUGGCGGCUGCUCAGCCUGUGGGUCGCCCCGGCGGUGAGGCUGUACCUUGCCCCUUCUGCAGGCAGCCCACGGCCGUGCCGCCUGCCGGAGCCCCUGCGCUGCGCACCAGCCGCCAGCUGCAGGCCCGGAUGCCAGCGCAUUUGCGGCGCGAGGAGCCUGUGUGGCUGGAGGGCACCAAGCUGUGCUGCCAACCACUGCCCACCACACCUGGCCGCAAGCCCAGUUUCGUAUGCGUGGAUGUGGGUUUGAGCAAGCCUGCCGAUCCGCCUGCGCCCGCCCGGGACCCUGCCCCCCGCCGGGGCCGCCUGGCCCGCUGCUGGGCACGCUGCAGGGACUGGAGGCGCCUGGCACUGGUCUCUGCCCUGCUGCUGGUGCUCUUCUGCGUGGCACUCUGGCCAGUGCAGUGCGCGCUCAAGACCGGGAACCUGCGCUGCCUGCCCCUGCCCCCCCGGCCCCCAGCCACCACCACAGCCGCCUCCCCCCUCGGGCCUCUGACUGACAACUAGGGCCAGCAGCCUCUGCCCAGGUCAGCCACCCUGGCCCAGCUCCAUGGGGGGUCCCCCACUGGGGGGCCCAAGGGCACAACAGCCACUGGAAGUCGGUCCCCAAGGACGCGAAAGGAGCCUGGCAUCUCUGAGGACUCCACCGGGGCCCCACCAAGACCAGGCUCCAUUUAGCUUGUUCACCCCUCACUCUCCAGGCUGGGUCCUGAUGGGGGGGACAAGAGGGUCCCCAAAGCCUCCAAGAACCACAGGCUCACCGGGCGCAGUGGCUCACGCCUGUCAUCCCAGCACUUUGGGAGGCUGAGGCAGAAAGAUCAUUUGAGGUCGGGAUUUCGACACCAGCCUGGCCAACAUGGUGAAACCCCAUCUCUACUAAAAAUACAAAAAUUAGCUGGGCGUCAUGGCGGGCGUCUCUUAGCUACUCGGGAGGCUGAGGCAGGAGAAUUGCUUGAACCGGGGAGGCGGAGGUUGCAGUGAGCCAAGAUUGCACCAUUGCGCUCCAGCCUGGGCGACAGAGCGAGACCCUGUCUCAAAAAAACAAAACGAAACAAAACAAAACAAAAAAAACAGGCUGGUACAGGAAGGGCCCAGGAGAGCAGCCGGUCAGCGCCCCCGCCACCCACACACACUGUGAAUUGCCUGCCAGGGAAGCCCCUUGCCAAGAAGAAGGGGCCUUGCCAUGCUUCCACUCAUGCUGACAUUUCCCCGCAGGGCUGGUCCUGCUGUUGGGUGGGGGUGCUCGUCUUACCCUCGGACUGUGGAGAGAGAGUGGAGGCAGGGCAGUCCCCCAGUGCAAGGUAACCACAGAAACUUCCAGCUGCCCCUCCAACCUUGUGAAUUGUACCUUUUAAAAUAAAUUAUUUGUAUCCA